CAGAAAUAUAAUUUAUAUGAACUAGUACUGAAAUAUAUAUUAAUAUACAUAAAAUGGAUGAAAGCGUUUCCCCUGAGAAUCGGCACAAAGUUUACGAGUUAUGCAAAACAUUAUUAACUGGAAAAUGGACUCAAAUUAGUGAGAAUGAGCUCAUAAUUAAACCAAAUUACGAUGGGUUUACAAACCAAUUGUUUUACUGUUUUCUACCGGAAAACCAAAACCAAGAAAAAUAUAACAAAGUUGUCAUCAGAUCCCAAGAAAACAGCGAAUGGCAGGACUGCUACAACCGGACAUACCUGUUGACAAUGGGCUUACUAUUAUCGGAAAAGGGACUGGCACCUAAAAUAUUAGGCGUUUUCGACACGGGCACUAUCACUGAAUUUAUUGAUUCUCGAUAUUUCAGUGGUAGUGAUGACCACAACCCCCGACUGGUUGCACUGUUAGCACAAAGGUUGGCUCAAUUUCACGCAUCGGACAUACCUGUCCCUAAAGACAGUUCCCACCAGUUCUUCGACAUUGUGUUUGACAAAUGGUUUGAUGAGAGUCGGCGACAGUCGCUACGGGAGGGACUGGUAUACCAAGAGAUACAGAAACACAAAUACCACACAUUCCUAACCCUGGACCUAUUGAGUGAGAUGUCAUGGCUGAAGCAGACAAUUAUUGACCUCAAGAGUCCGGUAGUCUUCUCGCACAACGACUGGAACCGAAAGAAUAUAUUAAUUCGCGAAACAAAUGACAAGAAUUCACAAAAUAUUGAGAUAUUUUUCAUAGACUUUGACUUCUCGUCGUAUAGCUACCGGGGCUUUGAUAUGGGCAUCUAUAUCAGUGGUUGGGGUCAAAAGGACCUACAGUUUGGUUCGGGAGACUUCCCCACC